UUUCUUUUCCUAGCUCCAAUCGGUCCAAGCUACUGCAAGUUUUAGAGGACCUGGGAUGUGGGCUGACACGCUAUUAAUUCUCAUAAUUUCCAUAUUUACUGCUCUAUUGAGCGAAGGUUUAACAUGGCUCAUGGUCUACAGGACAGAAAAAUACCAGAAACUGAAGGCGGAGGUCGAAAAGCAGAGCAAAAGACUUGAAAAGAAAAAGGAGGCUCAUGGAGAUUCCGUUGAUCGGCAACAGAAGAAAAAAAUUGAGCGUGAAGAGGAGAAGCUGAAAAACAACAACAGGGAUCUAUCUUUGGUCAAGAUGAAGUCUAUGUUUGCUAUAGGCUUCGCUUUCACUGCCCUCCUGAGCAUGUUCAACUCCAUCUUCGAUGGCAGGGUUGUGGCCAAGCUUCCGUUUGUGCCAAUCUCCUGGGUCCAGGGGCUCUCGCAUCGUAACCUCACGGGCGAAGAUUAUACGGACUGUUCCUUCAUCUUCCUCUACAUCCUCUGUACCAUGUCCAUCAGACAGAACACGCAGAAGCUCCUUGGCUUCGCACCAUCACGAACAGCCAACAAGCAGAGCGGUACCCUGUUUUCACCCGGUCCACAACCGCUCAAGUAGUGCGAGAAUCAUGGUCUGUAACACCGAAGAAUAAAGCUCCAUUUUUUCAAAGUUUGA